AUCUUCUUCCUCUGUUAUUUCACAAACACUUUCCCGCCCUCUUCAAACACCCUUUCUCCAAACCCUAGAAAUCGAAGAUGCAGCAAAUCACCGAAGAACAGCGAAAGCGAUCCGAAUUGAACCGGUUAGCCGCGCUGGCGAAGCGGCGUGAACGCGGCGUCUCCGAUCACGACCCCUGGAAGCUUUUUAAGUGUCGAAAAGUGUCGCCUGAGCCGAACUCUUCGACUGAUUCGUUUAAGUGUCCGCCUCGUCCUGAUUUGUCGGGUCGGGUUUUGAAAGAAGCGGUGCAGUUGGCUGAUAGGUUUCGUGUUAGGCUUGAGAUUUGCUCUGCUGAUUCGUUUUCGGUUACUCCGGUUGCGGUGGAGGGUUUGGCGUUUCCUGGUGAAGCUGCGUGUCUGGAGAUUAUUGAUGAUUGUCUUUCCUCUAUUAUGCAAUCACACUACACUCAGAACACUGGUGGUGGAAAGGCAUGUGUUUACAAACUGAGAGACUAUGAUGCGGUGUUGAGGUGUUUUAAGAUGUCCAAGCAUAUUCAGUGUGAAGAAGUACCUUGGUCAACACUAAAUGUUGUGGUGAAACUAUCGGAUUCUUUCAGUUCCGGGCGUUGGACACCUUGUAGGCCAGAACAUUUGUCUGAUGAGAAGGUUGAUGAGUUGUUACAGAGGCUUCCAAAUUUUUUGUUAGAUACUUUACUGCCCUUUCAACAUGAAGGCGUGAGGUUUGGAUUACGAAGGGGUGGUAAGUGUCUUAUUGCAGAUGAAAUGGGGCUAGGUAAAACACUCCAGGCGAUUGCAAUUGCAGGCUGUUUUUUGAAUGAAGGUCCUGUUCUUGUUGUUUGCCCAGCUAUAUUAAGAUAUGCUUGGGCAGAAGAGUUUGAGCACUGGCUACCUACUUGUUUGCCCUGUGAUAUUCAUCUUGUUUUUGGCCAUCUAAACAAUCCUGCUCGCCUUGUAAAAUGUCCAAAAGUUGUCAUUACUUCAUAUACGAUGCUUAGCCGCUUGCGUAAGAGCAUGUCACAACAAGAUUGGGCUGUUCUGAUAGUUGAUGAAUCACACCAUGUGCGGUGCUCAAAGCAAAUAUCAGAAUCAGAUGAGAUUAAAGCUGUUCUUGAUGUGGCAAGAACGGCCAAGCAUACAGUUCUACUUUCGGGGACGCCUUCCUUAUCCAGGCCAUAUGACAUAUUUCAUCAGAUAAAUAUGUUAUGGCCAGGUUUACUUGGAAAGGACAAGUAUGACUUCGCAAAAAACUACUGCUCAGUUAAAUCUUUUCGUGGUAUUCAAGGGAAGGUCUACAAGGAUUACUCAAGGGGAGUUCGCUUGGAAGAACUGAAUGUGUUACUAAAGCAAAGUGUUAUGAUUAGACGCUUGAAGGAAGACGUGCUGAUGCAAUUGCCACCCAAGCGUAGACAAGUUAUAAGUUUGGCGUUGAAGAAAUCUGAUUUUGACUUUGCGAGGGGUGUUACCAAAGUUGUGGAAGACACUUCUACAAACAAAAACUCCGAGCAUGAAUCACUCGAUAGUGCUGAUAAACCUAAUGAUGAUAAAUCUGCAGGCAAUUCAGAUGGUUGUAAAUUUUCAACAGAUAUUACAGACCAAGAACUUGGUUUGGCAAAGUUGUCAGGGUUUCGUGAGUGGCUUUCUAUUCAUCCAAUCAUCGCAGAUCUUAAUGCAGAUGAAGAUACUGAAAAAAACAUCAGUUCUCAUAAAAUGAUAGUUUUUGCCCAUCACCAUAAAGUUUUAGAUGCAGUACAGGAGUUCAUUUGUGAGAAAGGAAUUGAAUUUGUUCGUAUUGAUGGGAGUAUACUUGAAAGAGAUAGGCAGUUGGCUGUUCAAUCUUUCCAAACAUCAAAAAAGGUCAAAAUAGCACUAGUUGGAAUACUUGCUGGAGGCACUGGACUUAAUCUAGUAGCAGCACAUAAUGUUGUAUUCUUAGAGUUGCCAAAGGAACCAGCUCAUUUGCUACAGGCUGAAGAUAGAGCCCAUAGACGCGGUCAAACAAAAGCAGUCAACAUAUAUAUCUUUUGUGCAAAGGAUACUUCGGAUGAGUCUAGGUGGCAGAAAUUGAAUAAGAGUUUGCACCGUGUUUCAUCAACUGUGAAUGGGAAGUAUGAUGCCAUACAUGAGAUUAAGAUAGAUAGUGUUGCUCAUCUUGGGGCAACUGGAAGAACAAACUUAAUGGAAGAUGAACUUCCACCUGUGUCAUCAACUACUGAGCACCCUGCGGCCGAGCUUAGGGAGUGUUCUUAUAGCAUUGAUCAGAACUUGCAUCCUGAUCAAGCAUCUGGCCCAGUAGAUGAAUACAAGAGAUAUGAUGAAAAGAACAAUAGUGAUGGAAGUUCACCUCUAAAGGUAAUCGAAAAUCAGGCUGCUAGUUUUCAUCCAACUGAAGGAUCGAAAGAAAUUGCUCUUAAAAAUGAAAAAGAAAUUUGCACAAGACUUUCUCUGCAUUCUGAAAUUGAUGUCAAAGAAGCCAAAGAUAAAUCAGAGAGGGCAAACAAUGAAUUUCAUGAAAUAGCGAAGGAAGGUGAUGUGGAACCUGCUGGGCUUGUUGGAGCAGCUUCCGUGAUUAAUUCUCUCCGUUUUGAGGUUAGCCAGUACAGUGGAAGAAUUCAUCUUUAUACAUGCAGUCCAGGUGUGGAUACAAGACCAAAACCACUAUUCGAGAACUUUCGAGCGGAGGAACUUGAGUCUCAGCAUCUUUCUGCGGAUUGUAGUCAGAGAAUGACUCACAGCAUCAAAGAUGAUCCUAGAUAUAGGCCUUUUCUUCUCGAAUUCAUCCAAGAAUGGAACAAUUUGAGACCUAUUGAACAGAAGAAACUGCUUGCUAAGCCUUUACAGCUUCCUCUAUCAGUUGAGCUAUGCUGCUUGAAUAAUAGCAUUAAUCAUGAUUUAGGGGGACUGCUGAAAGGUAAAAGCAAGAAGCGUACCACAUCACUCCAUGAGAUUAGCUAUCCAUUACCAACAGAUGCCGUCUGGCGUAAGAUCAGCCUCUUUAGUGGUCGUGGCAAAAAGGAAAAAGUAUAUGAGCAGGGUUGGACUCUGUCAGAUGAACCUCUUUGCAAGCUGUGUCAAACUAUUUGCAAGACUUUCAGGGGAAAGAAUGCUAAAGUUCCCGAAUAUUUCGAGGAUCUUUUUUGUAAUUUGAGCUGCUAUGAAGAAUUUCGUUUACGAACUAGUAACAGAUCCCUUCGUGAGGGCCUUUUUCAAAUGGAACAUGGCAUCUGCACUAGCUGUCGCCUAGAUUGCCAUAAACUUGUGGAACACAUAAAACGCUUGCCAUUAGAGAGGCGAGAAGCAUAUAUCAAGAAAGUAGCUCCAGAUCUGGCAGUUCGACCGAAAUUACUUGAGAAACUUGUCCGUGAACCAUGUGAAGGCAAUGCAUGGCAUGCAGACCACAUUGUACCUGUUUAUUUGGGGGGAGGUGAAUGCAAAUUAGAGAACAUGAGGACCUUAUGUGUUGUUUGUCAUGCCCGUGUUACCAAAGAACAAUGUGCCGAACGGCGCUCUACAAGGUUGAAGGCUAAGAAACAACUUAAAGAAUUAAUGAAUGACCUCAGGAGUGUUCAGAACUUGAAACAGGACUAUUCUGAAGAAAAGGAGUCUAAGCAGAUGACUGAAGAUGAUGCAGUCGAGGAUGACCUUCUGAUUGACGUUCCUGGCAGUUCAUACUGCAAUUCCAGAAAUAUCAACAGCGGAAGUGAGGAACAUGAAAGGAAUUCCAAAACCACAGAAUCUAGCCACCUUGGUAGUGCAUGUAUAGUAAAAGAUAUCAGCAUUGGAGUCGAAGAACAUGAAAGAAAUUCCAAUAAUGCAGAAUUCGGACACAUUGAUGGUACAUUUUCAGUAGCCAAAAAUAGUAGCACAGCAAGGCAAGAACAUGAGAGAAAUUCAACAUUGUGAGAUUCUAGCCACCUUGAUGGUGCAUUUUAAUUAACGUUGAUAAUGGUGAAGCAAUACAAAAACGCAUCAGACUUUGAAGCCAAAAAUUGAAAGAGAAGAGGCCAACGAACAUGAAAUCUGGAGACCUUUGAGAGUGGUGAAGCAAUUCAGGUCAGGAGCAUCCUACUUCAUUGGAGGUAUAACCUUUAUCUUUGACUGCAUCUACCAUAUGUUCUGUUAACCUGUGGUAGGUGUUUUUUGUUUUGAGAUGUCAAAUUGUUAAUCCAUCCAGGUUCUUUGAUGCCGAACCAUUUCUUGUUAUUCAUUGCGACGCAUCACUGUUAUACACUUGUAGUAUGAGGAUAGUAGAUUUUAUUAUUAUUA